AUGGAGAAUUCUUUAUGUGAUACCACUUAUGGUCAAUCUUUCCAUGGAGAGACUGAGAUGGAGCUGGAUAUUCAUAGAGAUCCAAGAGUACAAUGGUUCAAAGACCGUAUUCUUACAUACAUUGGCAUGGAUGACGGUGACUUAUUUUACAAUAUGCUGGAGGAGGGUGACACAAAACAAAAUCUCACCACAUUUAUAACAGCACCCAUGAAACCUAACGAAUUAACAUUGGAAAAAAAAACUUUUUAUGUAUCCAAGAUCAUUGUUGAUAAGGUUAUACAUGAGGAUAAAGAAUUUUCUGAAUGGAGAGUCAUACCACCAAAACCGCCUACACCUCCACCACCUCCUAAAAAGAAAAAAGGCAAAAAAGGGAAGCCGGCAGCUGCCGAUAUGCCACAGGACGAAACGGAGGGAGUUGCCACAGAUAAAGAUGUAAUAACUGCGAAGAGCGUAAAGAGCGUUAAGAGCGUCAGGAGCGUUAAAAGUGUGAGGAGCGUCAAAAUCUCCAAAGACGACGGAGACGACAAAGAUAUCGAAACAGCCGCAGCUUUGACGGAGUACGUUGAUACGGACGACGAGACGAAGACGUCUAUAGACCAGCAUGGCAAGGACUCUGGAGACACCGCGUUGGGCACUGAUGAUACCUACUCCUUUCCUCCACCACCCGAAGACCUCGACCCGGAAGUAGACGGCACUAUUGAGUUCUACACUGUGGUGAGGUCCAUACCACGCGUCAUAAAGUAUCCGAAACUGAUACCGCUCUUCGGCGCAUUCACUCCCCAAGUGGUCAAUCGCAACCGCCGCUACAUAUUUUUCGUGCGUCAGCUACAAGAUGGCGUCCCGCUCGCCGACACAGACGAGAUAACCAAACUCAAAAUGCCCGACUACAUACUGACAGGUUGCGCGUCUGGCAAAGUGCUUAUGAGCUUGAGUAUGCAGCUUAAGGAGAUGUUCAUACCGCUAUUCAACAAGCAGUUCCGCGAGGUGACGGUUCUGAACGUGGAAUCGUCACACGCUCUCCUCUCUAGGCAGGUCAAUUAUCUACGGCCGUCGGAUUACCGCCGAAUGUCGAACAUAGCCAGAGGUGAAAAUGCUGAAAGAAGGAUGAAGAGUAUGCGCAGUACAGUUUCGCGUGUUGAGCAGAAGCCGGCUCCUGUACAGCUCGCCUUAAUGGAUUCAUCGACGCUGAUGAAACAGCUGGAAUGGGAAGAUGUCCAAGAUAAACAGAAAUCAACAGCAGAGGAAGUCACAAACGACAUUGAAGAACUCAUCGCGAUCGUUGAUUGGACUAUAGAGCAUAUCGAGGGCGAAAUCCAGAUGCCCAUGCCCAGCAUACCGCAACUAGCGGACCAGCAGACCGAAGUGAAGAUAAUAGAUCCCAAUUUGGUGUCGCAAUUGGAGGAGGCUGUGAACAUGUGGCAAACGCACAUCGAUAACACCAUCACGGCGUGCUUGGGAAAGACUCGUGAAGGCGAGGGUCCUGUGGCCGAAUACAAAUAUUGGCGCGAGCGAGAUGCAGAGCUAUCGCUCCUCGUCGAGCAACUGAAGCAACCGACCGUGGUCAAGAUUCUGUCUCUGUUGCAAAAAGUCAAGUCGCCCUACUUGGAGAGUUUCACCAACUAUAAGGAGAGACUCAUAGAGCAAUAUAACUUGGCCAGUGACAACUUGAAGUUUCUCUCAACUUUGCUCCGUUUCUUCAAUGUGAUAGAGGAUGAUUCACCGCUCCAGCAAGUGAUUGACAUAAUGCCGGAGCUGAUGGAGAGCAUAUUCAUGGUGUGGGUGCUGUCUAAAGGCUAUAGGACGGAUGAGACAAUGGUUCCCCUAAUGUCGAGAAUCUCUUGGGCGCUGAGCAACAAGUUGGAACGGUUUCUGGACGUGCAUAAACUAUUCGACAAAAGCAACGAGGAGGUGAUGUGUCUGACGCGCGCCGGCCAGCAGAUCAUGAGGGCCUGGCACGACCUGUACAAGGAGACCAGGCGGAACAUCGAGCUGAGCGGGAAGGGGGCACGGUGGGAGUUCGAGCAGCCGCUGCUGUUCACCACCACCGACUACAUUGGCACCGUGGCCCGUGACCUUGGAGACGUAGUCCAGGUGCUGAUAGACUUUGAGCGGAUAUUCGGGGCGGAGCUCAAGUCGAUCAUCAGCGAUCCGACCCAGAUCGACGACGUGCGGAAGCGGGUGAAGAACCUAGUGCUGCCGAUACGCACGGUCGACUUCAGCGUGUUCGUGUACGACAACAGGGAGAACUGGGACGUCGUCAUGGGCGACUUCUGGAAAGAGGUCCGCUACUUGGAGGACGAGGCGAAGAACUACAUCAGCCAGAGCUUCGGCAACCUGCGGUACUCCGAAGAAGCCCUCGAUGUGCUCUUGAAGUUCCUAGAGUUCGACACCAGGGAGUCCAUUCGUAGAGAGCUCUCGACCAAGUUCGACCUGGUCAUGCGACAGUUCAUUAAGGAGAUCACUGCAAUCGAGGACAAGUUUACGCGCUUUCGGAAAAAUCCACCGCUGCUUCGAAAUCAUCCGCCCGUGGCGGGCGCGAUCUAUUGGGCGAGAGCUUUAUUCAUCAAGAUGAAACAACCGAUCCUGAAAUUUCAGAAGGUGCCGGAGCUAAACGACUGCGAACAGAAGAAGGAGGCAUUCAGCCAGUACAAGUCCUUCUCGAAAGUAGUCAAGGAGUAUGAGGAGAUGAAAUUCAAAGAGUGGGUGCAGAGCUCCUCGGAAUUCGUCGACAACAUGAUGAAGAAGAAUAUUCUGCACGUCAAGUUCAAACACGGAAUGGACCAGACGCAAGCGGGCCGCGGCCACGGCGCCAAACGGAAGGGAUCGGAAGCGUCGCUCCUCCCCGUCGACAUCGUGAACAAGCAGAUAGCCGACAAACGACGCAGGGACAAAGCUCUUAUGCUGAUGCGCAUACCGGGGCAGCACUACGAGAACGUCAGAUCUCCGAGCUCGAUGUCACUCCUCGCCAAAGAAGGAUUGACCGAUGUGACAUGGCGGGACCUGACCGUGCACAAGCUCAUGCAAGAAUACGACUUGGAGUUCCAUCCCAAUUUCAAUCGGAAAAUAUUUCUUAUUCUGCAGGAGGCUGAACUGAUGGAACAACUAGGCUUCAACCUGCCGUCGAACAUUCGAGACGUGGCGAUGCAGAAGUCGCGCCUAUACUACGAGCGGGAGGCCCUCGAGGGCGUCAUCAGGCGGUACAACGACAGCGCCGACUCGCUCAGCCCGUCCGAAACGCACCUAAUGAAGAAACACCUGCUGCACAUGGAGCGGCACAUACUGCCCGGCCUGACCAGGAUCACGUGGACUUCCCUCGGAAUAAACGAUUACAUAAGGGACAUAACCAAAGGCCAGAAUUCCUUGCAAGCCGUGUACCAACAGUUGAAGAUGGUCGAAAAGGAGAUCCAGGUGCUAAUUGACCAGUUGGAACUCUUCGAUCUGUUCCCUCUAGUGAAACCCCGAGACUACGUGAGCCCUGAAACUGGGGAGCGUGACGACACCUGGCUUUAUCCUUGCAAGACAUUCUUCGUGGAAGUGGAGAACGAGCGUAUCUCCCGCGUUGCAGCGCUGUCCCGUCUGUACGAACGCAUCGGGCCCAUCCUGAUGAAGCUGGAAUACCUCAUACUGGGAACCAGCAGCGGCAAGUCGGAGCUCAUGGCCGCGUAUUACGCGCACUGGGAGAAAAAGAUCUUCAAGUGCCUUAUCAGACUAACCCUCGAGAACAUGGAGCAGUUCCAGCAAUCGUUGAGCGAGAAGACGGCUCUGUUCCAAGUGGACGCCGUACUGGUGGCACCGGACAUCACGAUGCGUCCCACUUCGGCCGAAGUCUGCAACAUCGUGGGCUACGACAUCAAGCACUUCUUUAACAGACUUAUAGCGUUCCCGAGAUGGAUGAAGGGAACAUGUGUGCCUUGCCCCCCGCAACGGGUCGCGGACACGACCGGCAACGAGUUCUACGUAUUCUCCUUCUUCGAGGACAUUCUACGCGUCGUCUCAAUCAACGACAUUACGCUGCUCAUCCAGGACACCAUAUACAGGCUUACCCAGGACAUUUACACCUACAUACAGAAAUGGCAGAAGUACCAGCACCUGUGGGCGUUCGACAAGCACCUCUCCUGCGAGAAGUAUACGCAGAGGACCGAACAGAUACACAAGUACGACGAGAAGUUCUUCUUCUUCGAGGACAUAAUAUCCGACCUGGCGGGGCACGUGCAGCACGUGGACGUCGGCGCCAUCAGGGUCAACCUGCGCCCCAUCAUCCGCCAGGUCCAGGGCCACGCGCAGGAGUGGAAGAACAUCCUGGGCCACUGCCUCGCCUCCAAGACGAAGAUGAACAUGUACGACCUCAAGAACCAGAUCGAGUCCCUCCGCAUGACGAUGAAUAUGAACAUAAAGGGGCUGGAGGACUUCAAACUGGUGAUGGCCACGAUAACCCAAGUCCAAGCUAUGACCAUAACGGCCGAGGUCAAGUAUCGGGGGAUGCAGGAGACAUUCCACAUGCUGCGACAACACGGCCUCGAUGUGUCGGACGAUGACGUCGCUUUCGCCAAGAACAUCGAGGCCGCGUGGGGCUCACUGUACCAGUCGUCACUGUUCCGCGGCAACACCUUGGAGCAAACGAAGGAGAAGUUCUCGAAGCUGAACGUGGCGGAAAUAGCGAACUUCCUCAAGGAACUCGACGAGUUUAUCGAGAAGUUCGACAACGAAGGUCCCGGCAGCGUUGGCGAUGACAUGGAAAGGGGUCUAGAGCUAAUGGAGGAAUACGUAAAGCACUUCGACGAGUUGGAGUCGCGCAAGAAGGGCCUGCAAGCGGCCGAACAGCUGUUCGACAACGCCUUGGCCGACUUCUCGAAUUUCAACCGCGCGAAGACCGACUUCCAGGCCAUGGAAAUGGUGUACAAGAUCUACAAGGCGCAGAAGAACGCGCGCGAAGUGUGGGCGAGGACGCUCUGGGCGAACCUGAACCCGCAGCUGCUGGUCGACGGCAUCGACCAGUUUUUCAAGGAAUACCGCAAAUUGCCGAAAGCCGUCCGCCUGUCCACGAUGGGGCUGAUGCUUGAUCUAAAGAUGAAACAAUUCAAAGCCGUUGUACCUCUGAUGGUGUCCUUGAAGAACGAGGCGAUGCGCGAACGGCACUGGAAAGAGCUGAUGGUCAAAACUGGUCAGGAAUUCGAUAUGUCGCCGGAGCGUUUCACAUUGGAGAACAUGUUCGCUAUGGAACUGCACAAAUAUCAGGACGUUGCCGAAGAGAUAGUCAAUCACGCCAUUAAGGAGCUGGCGAUAGAGCGCGGCGUGAAAGACGUCCAGGAGACGUGGGCGAGCGUGAUGUUCUCCGUGGCGAGGCACUCCGCCCGCGGGGAGGACCGCGGCUACACCCUCAACCCGUGCGACGAGAUCGUCGUGAAGCUCGACGACGACGCGAUGACUCUGCAGGGCAUGGCCGCCUCGCAAUUUAUUGGUCCGUUCCUGUCUGUGGUGCAGACGUGGGAGCAUCGUCUGUUCCUCAUAUCGGAAGUAAUUGAGGAGUGGUUGGCGACCCAACGCAAGUGGCUCUAUUUGGAAGGAAUCUUUGUAGGCGGUGACAUCCGGUCCCAAUUGCCCGAAGAGGCGAAGAAGUUUGAUGAUAUCGAUAGAUCUUUCAGAAAGAUUAUGUUGGACACGGCAAAGCGUUUGAACGUUGUCGACUGUUGUACUAUCAGCGGUAGAUUGGAGGAGUUUGUCAAUUUAGGAAUUGGCUUGCAAAAGUGUCAGAAAUCCCUCAACGAUUAUUUAGAUUCCAAGAGACGUAUAUUCCCGAGAAAGGUUCUGCCCCACAAAAGAUCGGCAUUUGCACAGGUCGUCACUGCGUCCUACACUGCGAUGGCCAGUACGAGGCUGCCACUCAAGAACAAGAACAAGAUUCACCUAACUUAUAUUUCAAAUUUGCAGAUGUUCGACAAUAUCCGGGCUUUAGAUUUAUACGUCGAUCAUAACAGUCGCCCUGUAGCAGCGAAGAUGAUAUCCGCUGAGGGAGAGAUAAUGGACUUUCGCGAAAUCGUAUUUACUGAGGGCAGAGUCGAGGACUGGAUGAAUCUGGUCCUUGGUGAGAUGCGUAGAACCAAUAAGUUCAUUACCAAGAAGGCUAUAUUUUACUACGGCAAAAAUUGGAACGUUCCCAGAACGGAUUGGAUAAUGGAGUACCAGGGUAUGGUGUGCCUGGCCGCCAACGGCGUGUGGUGGACAGCCGAGACCGAAGAGACCUUCCUGCGCAUUCGCAAGGGCAACAAGCGCGCCAUGAAGGAGCACCUGCAACAGCAGAACCAGCAGCUGGACGGGCUGGUCGUCAAAGUCAGACAAGACCUGUCGGCCAACGACCGCCUCAAGUUCCGCACGAUCACCACGAUCGACGUGCACGCGCGCGACAUCAUCGAGGGCUUCGUGCGCGACAACGUGACCGAGGCGGCCGCCUUCCAGUGGGAGAGCCAGCUGCGCUUCUACUGGCUCAAGCGCGACGACAACUUGUGGAUACGCCAGUGCACAGGACUAUUUGAAUACGGCUACGAGUAUAUGGGCCUGAACGGACGUCUCGUCAUUACGCCUUUGACGGAUCGGAUUUAUCUUACAAUAACGCAGGCUUUAACAAUGCAACUUGGCGGAGCUCCAGCAGGCCCCGCCGGCACCGGGAAAACGGAGACCACGAAGGACCUGGCGAAGGCCCUGGGCCUGCUCUGCGUGGUGACGAACUGCGGCGAGGGCAUGGACUUCCGCGCCGUCGGCCAGAUCCUCGCCGGCCUCUGCCAGUGCGGCGCGUGGGGCUGCUUCGACGAGUUCAACCGGAUCGACAUAUCGGUCCUCUCGGUUAUAUCCACGCAGCUCCAGUGCAUACGCAGCGCGCUCCUCAUGAAGCUCAAGAGGUUCACGUUCGAGGGUCAAGAGAUAGCGAUGGACAGUAAAGUGGGGAUCUUCAUAACAAUGAACCCGGGAUACGCCGGUCGCACGGAGCUCCCCGAGUCGGUCAAGGCGUUAUUCCGACCCGUUGUUUGCAUCUUGCCAGACCUGGAGAUGAUAUGCCAGAUUUCACUGUUCUCUGACGGAUUCCUAACUGCUAAGGUACUGGCGAAGAAGAUGACGGUUCUGUACAAAGUGGCGCGCGAGCAACUGUCAAAACAGUCGCAUUAUGACUGGGGCCUGCGCGCUCUAACCGCCGUACUGCGGAUGGCGGGAAAGUUGCGACGAGACUCGCCCGGCCUUAGCGAGACAAUGGUGCUAAUGCGAGCCCUAAGGGAUAUGAACCACCCGAAGUUCGUGUUCGAGGACGUGCCACUGUUCUUGGGCCUGAUCAAGGAUCUGUUCCCGGGCCUCGAGUGUCCGCGAGUCGGUUACCCGGACUUCAACGCUGCAGUCACCGCAGUGCUAGAUAGGGGUGGUUACAUCGUGAUGCCGCAUCAGGUGGACAAAGUGGUGCAGUUAUACGAGACCAUGAUGACGCGCCACUGCACCAUGCUGGUGGGGCCCACUGGAGGGGGGAAGACCGUCAUCCUCCAUACGCUCGUGCAGGCACAGAUCGAUCUGGGCCUCCCCACCAAGCUGACAGUCAUCAACCCCAAGGCUUGUUCCGUUGUGGAGCUGUACGGGAUCCUCGAUCCGGUCACCCGCGACUGGACGGACGGUCUAUACUCCAAAAUAUUCCGCGAGAUGAACAGGCCUACCGACAAGGACGAGCGUCGCUACUCGCUAUUCGACGGGGACGUAGACGCGCUGUGGAUAGAGAACAUGAACUCUGUGAUGGACGACAAUAGACUGCUGACCCUGGCGAAUGGCGAGAGGAUCCGCCUGGCGCCGUACUGCGCGCUGCUCUUCGAGGUGGGCGACCUGAACUACGCGUCGCCGGCGACCGUCUCUCGCGCCGGCAUGGUCUUCGUGGACCCCAAGAACCUGGGCUACCAGCCGUACUGGGAGAGAUGGCUCCGAGGGCGGAACAACGAGGAAGAGCGCGAACAGCUUGCCGGCCUGUUCGAGCAUUACGUGGCGGGGGCUAUCAACUACAUUGUGUACGGGAUGUUCGGGCUGCAGCAGCAGACGCCUCUAUCCACCAUCGUGCCCCAAACGCCUCUGAACCUGGUUGUACAACUGUGCUACAUGAUAAGUGGACUACUUCCUAAUAGGGAGGACGCCAACGAAGAGUUCGAUAGAACUGUUGUCGAGUGUGUCUUCAUGGUGUCAAUGUACAACAGCUUGGGUGCGGCCAUUGUUGACGAUGGACGCUUCGAUUUCGACGGCUACAUAAAAAAAGCGUGUCCGAUGAUGCUUGUGGAAGAUAACUUAGAAAAGAAAGCCACCACCAAACACUUCCCCAUGGGUUUCCCGUCUCUAUACGACUACUGCCUAGAGCUGACGACGAAGACGUGGGAGGCGUGGGACUGGCUCGUGCCCGAGUACGUCCACGACCGCGAUAUGAAGUUCCCCUCCAUUUUGGUGCCCACCGUCGACACGCUGCGGCUCACUUGGCUCAUCAAGAUCAUGGAGGGCGUGGACCGCCCGGUGCUGUUAGUGGGCGACACUGGAACGUCUAAGACCGCUAUCAUCUCGAACUAUUUGCACGGACUGCCGGCAGAUAAAUACAUAAUACAACAAAUGAACUUCUCGUCUCGCACUUCGUCGAUGGACGUGCAAAGAAACUUGGAGUCUGUUGUGGAGAAACGGACCAAAGAUACUUUUGGUCCGCCCGUCGGCAAGAAAAUGCUCGUCUUCAUAGACGACAUGAACAUGCCAAUUGUGGAUACUUACGGAACCCAGCAGCCGAUCGCCCUUUUAAAGCUGCUCUUUGAGCGGAAGGGCUUCUACGACCGCGGCAAGGACCUCAACUGGAAGAACAUAAAGGAUGUCGGAUUCAUCGCCGCCAUGGGGAAAGCUGGCGGUGGCAGGAACGAUGUGGAUCCGCGUUUCAUCUCGAUGUUCUCCGUGUACAACCUGCAAUUCCCGACGGAGGCCACCCUGCAGCACAUCUACGUGUCCAUACUCCGCGGGCACUUCUCCAUAUUUCCAGAGGAAGUGCAGGACAUCGUCGAGAAGAUCGUGCAGAUGACCCUGGACCUGUAUAAGAUCAUAAUAGUGGAGCUGCCGCCCACGCCGGCCAAGUUCCACUACAUCUUCAACCUGCGCGACCUGUCGCGCAUCGCGGCCGGCCUCUGCCUCACGCACCCGCGCCUCUUCGCCGAGCCGCGCGCCGCGCUCCGCUGCUGGCGCAACGAGUUCACGCGCGUCAUCUGCGACCGCCUCAUCAGCGCGCAGGACAACGAACUAAUGCGUGGACACAUACAAGAGCACCUUGUGAAGUUCUUCCCUGAGGCGGAGCCAGUGGUGCUCGAGGAGAUUGUAGUGCCCGAGGAAGAGGAAAGGCACGAGGAGGAAGAGGACGAAGAGUUCAUGGCUGCCGAGCAGAAGCGAACGUCGACGGUCGAGGAAUCGGAAAUUGUUGAGGAAGAAGAGGCAGGAGAGGAGGAGCGUGUGAUAACGAUGGAGGAGUACGUGCUGAGAGAUCCCCUGCUCUUCGGGGACUACCGCAAUGCCCUGGACGAGGAGGAGGUGCGCUAUUACGAAGACCUGCUCGACUACGAAGCCGUCUACUUUCUAUUCCAAGAGAUACUGGAGGAGUACAGCGAGCGCAUCGGGAAAAUGUCCGUGGUGCUGUUCGAGGACUGCCUGGAGCAUCUGACGCGGACCCACCGCGUGCUGCGGAUGGAGCGAGGCAACGUGAUGCUGGUGGGCGUCGGCGGCUCCGGCAAGAAGUCCAUCUGCCGCCUGGCGGCCUUCGCGGCAGGCUGCGAAAUGUUUGAGAUCGUGAUAACGCGCAACUACAACGAGAACACGUUCAAGGACGACAUGAAGCGCCUCUACAACCAGCUCGGCGUCGACGGGAAACGGACGGUUUUCCUCUUCACCGCUGCGCAGAUAGUCGAGGAGGGCUUCCUGGAGCUGAUCAACAACAUCCUGAUGAUCGGAAUGAUCCCCGCCCUAUUCAGCGACGACGAGAAGGAUGCCAUCAUCAACGCCGUGCGCAACGAGAGCAACGAGGCUGGAUAUGGAGUCGGCAAAGACGCAGUUUGGAAUUAUUUCUGCAACAAGUGCGCGGAAAAUCUACACGUAGUGCUGUCCAUGUCGCCGAGUGGUGACGUCCUCAGAAACAGGUGCCGGAGCUUCCCCGGCUUGGUGAACAACACGACGAUUGACUGGCAGUUCCCGUGGCCCAAACAGGCGCUUCUGGCGGUAGCGAAUGUCUUCUUGGCCGAUGUGGAGAAGAUCCCGGACGAGUUCCGCGGCAUCAUAGUGGAGCACGUGGUGCACGUGCACAUGUCCGUGGCGGUCUACUCGGCGGAGUUCCUCGCGCGACUGCGCAGGAACAACUACGUCACGCCGAAGCACUACAUGGACUUCCUCACCAGCUACAUCGCGCUCCUCGGCGAGAAGGACGCCUUCAUCGUGGCGCAGUGCGAACGUUUGAAAGGGGGCCUGGCCAAGAUAGCAGAGGCCAACGUUCAACUAGAGGACCUGAACGCCAAACUGGCCGUUCAGAAAGUCAUCGUGGCCGAGCAGACGAAGGAAUGCGAGAUUCUACUAAAGGAGAUAUCGACGGCUACGGAUGCGGCCGUGGCGAAGCAGCAGGUGGCAGCCGAGAAGAGCCAGGAGAUCACCGAGCAGAGCUACGUGAUCGCCGAAGAGAAGUCCGAAGCGGAGGAGGCGCUUUCGGCAGCGCUGCCAGCGCUCGAGGCGGCCCGCUUAGCCCUCUCGGACUUGGACAAGAACGACAUCACCGAGAUCCGCUCGUUCGCGACGCCUCCUGAAGCUGUCCAGGUUGUUUGCGAGUGCGUGGUGAUCAUCCGCGGCAUAAAGGACGUCAGCUGGAAAGGCGCCAAGGGCAUGAUGGCCGAUCCGAACUUCCUGCGCAAUCUGCAGGAGAUGAACUGCGACCUGAUAACCCAGGCCCAAGUGAAGGCGGUCAAGGCGCACAUGAAGAAGAGCAAGAAGCUUGACACUAUGCAGCAGAUUAGCAAAGCUGGGUACGGUCUACUGAAAUUUGUGAUCGCCGUGCUCGGCUACUGCGCGGUGUACAAGGAGGUCAAACCGAAGAAGGACAAGGUGGAAGCGCUCGAGAAGGAGUACACGGAGGCGGUGAACUAUCUGGCGUCGCUGAACAGGGAGAUCGAGCGGCUGCAGAGCACCCUGGACGGGCUGAACAGCCGCUACGAGACGGCGAUGCUGAGGAGGCAGGAGCUGCAGGAGGAGACGGACAUCAUGAUGCGGAGGCUGGUCGCCGCCGACAAGCUGAUGUCGGGCCUCUCCAGCGAGCAGAAGCGAUGGACCGAAGACCUGAAGGCGCUGCACGUGGAGCAGUCGAGGCUCAUCGGCAACUGCCUGCUGGCCGCGUCGUUCCUCAGCUACGCGGGGCCGUUCUCCUUCUCCUUCCGCGAGGCGAUGAUAUACGAGGACUGGCUCGGUGACGUCAAGGAGAAGGGCAUACCUUUGACGGAGCCGUUCACCGUCGAGAGGAAUCUCACCAACGAGGUGGAGAUCAGCGGCUGGAACUCCGAGGGCCUCCCGCCGGACGAGCUGUCCGUGCAGAACGGGAUACUGACCACGCGGGCGUCCCGCUUCCCGCUCUGCAUCGACCCGCAAACCCAGGCGCUCACCUGGAUCAAGAGGAAGGAGGCCAAGAACAACCUCAAGGUGCUGUCGUUCAAUGACCCGCAGUUUGUGAGACACCUAGAGAUGGCAAUUAAAUACGGCAUACCGGUGCUGUUCCAAGACGUCAACGAAUACAUAGACCCCGUUGUGGACAACGUCCUCGAAAAGAAUGUUAAAGUUGAGGGCGGACGCACAUUCGUGCUGCUCGGCAGCUCUGAAGUGGACUACGACCCCAACUUCCGCCUCUACCUCACCACGAAGCUCGCCAACCCGCAGUUCAAUCCGGCCGCCUACGCCAAGGCGGUCGUCAUCAACUACACCGUCACAGUGCAGGGCUUGGAAGACCAGCUCCUCAGCGUGGUGGUCCGCGCGGAGAGGUCCGACCUGGAGGAGCAGCGCGAGAGUCUGAUAAUGGAGACGAGCGCGAACAAGAGUCUCCUCUCCGGCCUCGAGGACUCGUUGCUCCGCGAGCUGGCCACGUCCACCGGCAACAUGCUGGACAACGUAGAGCUGGUGGACACGCUGGAGAACACCAAGUCGAAGGCGGCAGAGGUGAUGGAGAAGUUAGAACUAGCCGAGACAACUACGAGGGACAUAGAGGUGCUGCGCGAUGGCUACAGGCCAGUGGCGAAACGCGGCUCCAUUCUUUUCUUCGUCCUAUCGGACAUGGCAGUCGUCAACUCGAUGUACCAAUAUUCUCUAUCUUCUUACCUCGAUGUUUUCUCAUUCUCGCUGCGCAAAGCGAUGCCGAACGUGAUAUUGGCGAAGCGUCUGAAGAACAUCAUAGACAUGCUAACGAAGAACGUGUAUGACUACGGAUGCACUGGGAUUUUCGAGCGUCAUAAGCUGUUGUACUCGUUCCAAAUGAACGUAAAACUGGAGCAGAGCGAGGGGAACAUAAGUCAGACCCAAUUAGAUUUCUUCAUAAAGGGGAACGUCUCCUUGGAGAAGUCAUCUAGAGCCUCCCCCGCCACUUGGAUACCUGGACAGGGUUGGCAAGAUGUAAUGAAGCUGAGUGUCGACUUUCCGGACUCUUUCGAAAUGCUCCCCGAUCACAUAAGCGCGAAGCUGGAAAACUGGCGAGAGUGGUUCGACAGCGACACGCCGGAAUCGAACGAGAUACCGAACGGUUACCGGGAGAGGUUGAAGCCCUUCGAGCUGCUGAUGCUGCUGCGCUGCUUCCGCGUGGACCGCAUCUACCGCGCCCUCACCGACUACAUCACGGUGACCCUCGGCGAGGAGUACAUCACGCCGCCCGUCAUCAGUUUGGACAUGAUAUUCGAGCAAACAACACCGUUCACGCCCGUGGUGUUCAUACUGAGCCCAGGCUCGGACCCCACCGCUGACCUGAUGAAGCUCGCGGACCGAUGCGGCUUCGGCGGGGGGAAAUUUAAGUAUCUGUCACUCGGACAGGGCCAAGAAAGCGCGGCGCUGUCCCUUCUAGAAGGUGCUAUAUCCCACGGCCAGUGGCUCAUCCUGCAAAACUGUCACCUACUGAUCUCGUUUCUGCGCGAGCUUGAGAAGCAAUUGGAAAUGAUGACGAAACCGCACCCCGAAUAUAGACUGUGGCUCACGACAGACCCCACGCCGACUUUUCCAAUAGGGAUAUUGCAGAGAUCGCUUAAGGUGGUGACGGAGCCCCCCAACGGCUUGAAGUUGAACCUUCGAAACACUUACUUCAAGAUGAGGCCGCACGCUUUAGAGGAAUGCAAUCACACUCGAUUCAAGAAACUGGUCUACGUACUAGCUUUCUUCCACGCUGUCGUUCAGGAGCGUCGCAAAUACGACAAGAUCGGUUGGAACAUAUCGUACGAUUUCAGCGAAUCGGAUUUCUUAGUGUGUAUGCAGAUCCUGCAGUGCUACCUCGACCGCAGCGCGGACGCAGUGCCUUGGGCCACCCUUCAAUAUCUGUUUGGAGAGGUUAUGUAUGGCGGACGAGUAAUAGACGACUUCGACCGGCGCGUGGUCGGCACCUACAUGGACGAGUACUUGGGCGAGUUUCUAUUCGACAAGUUCCAGCCGUUCCAUUUCUACAAAGACGAGGUGUUCGACUAUGUUAUCCCGCCGGACGGUGAGCGGGAACAGUACAUUGAGUACAUCGACAAGCUACCCCUGGCCAACUCGCCGGAGGUGUUCGGGCUGCAUCCGAACGCUGAAAUCGGCUACUUCAGCCAGGCUGUACGCGACAUGUGGACGCAUUUAAUCGACCUACAACCGCAGACAAGCGAGGUCGGCGGCGCGAUGAGCCGCGACGACUUCAUCGACUCGAUCGCCGUGGACGUGCUGGCCAAGUUGCCACCCCUAUACGAGAUUUGGCGCGUCCGCAAACAGUUCGAGAUGAACAUAACGCCCGCGCUCGUGGUCCUACUACAGGAACUCGAGAGGUUCAACCGCCUGAUCUCGAAGAUGCAGAGCACCCUGUCCCUUCUGCGCAAGGCGCUGGCGGGCGAGAUUGGCAUGGACGCGGUUCUGGACAACGUGUCGUCGAGCCUCUUCAACGGGCAGCUGCCCCAAGUGUGGCGGGACCUGGCGCCGGCCACUUGCAAGAGCCUCGGCGGUUGGAUGGACCACUUCAUGGAGCGGACCCAGCAGUACAGCAACUGGGCGACCAUGGAGGAGCCGCUGGUGAUGUGGCUCUCGGGGCUGCACGUGCCCGAAUCGUACCUGAUCGCGCACGUGCAGACCGCCUGCCGUGCCAACACCUGGCCAUUGGACCGCUCCACUCAGUACACACGCGUCACCGAGUACACAGCGCCAGCCGACAUCGAGCAGCGGCCCGCCUCCGGCUGCUACAUCCGCGGGCUGUAUCUGGAAGGGGCGCGUUGGGAUCUCGAGGAGGGAUGCUUGAAGCGAUCGCAUCCUAAGGUGCUCGUGACCGAGAUCCCGAUCAUGCACAUCAUACCCAUUGAGGCACACAAGCUGAAAUUGCAGAAUACUCUAAGAACACCUGUGUACACUACAUCGCAGCGACGAAAUGCAAUGGGUGUGGGCUUGGUGUUUGAAUCUGACCUUUGGACUACAGAACACAUCAGCCAUUGGAUUCUGCAAGGUGUCUGUCUCAUCAUGAACACUGAC